AUGGAGAAGAAAGAAGCAGCCAUGGCCCAAGCCAUUGUCCAAAGCUUAUGCACGAAGCUCAGAUCCACCAUCGCCGUUGGAGACAAGGCCACCGGCGAUUUGCAGGAAAUAAUGGAGAUGCUGGAGGCCAUACAUCCGCUGCUGGAGGACGCAGAGAGGCGGUGUCUUUGUUUUAAGGAUGAUGUCCCCAAAGAGGGAUCGAAGGAAAUAAUGGGGACACCGGAAGCCAUACAGCCGCUGCUAGAAGAUGCCCCCCAGCAAAUGGAGGGGAAGAAGGUGCGGGACUGGCUGAGGCGGGUCGUUAAGGCCGCCUAUGAUAUCUUGGACGUGUUGCAAGACACCAUGACACCGUCUGCGCGUAAGUUGACGAAGAUGAUACCGCGUGCCAAUGCCCCUGAGAAGAAGAAUCUCAUGGCUGGUAAGAUGGAGAAGAUAAAAGAAGAAGUCUGCAAGCUACGAGUCGACAUGGAUGAAUUCAAUCUUAUGUCAUCUGAUUCCGAUGCAACCAUCGAGCCACAAGUUAUUGAUGUAAAAGAGUUUGAAGAACCAACGAUUGUAGGAAGGGAUAAAGAAAUGCAGAUGAUAAUGGAAAGUAUAUUUAUGAAAAAAGGGCACCACAUCAUAGUUCAAAUUGGUUGGCGUGAGGAUGGCAGCGGCAAGACAACAUUAGCGCAAAUGGUUUUCAGCCAUAGCCGAUUCAAAGACUACUCCCGAGUGUGGUUCCAAUGCUCAGGGAAUUUUCCCUUGCAGGAGAUGGGGAAGGCCAUAAUUUCUCAGGUAUCAGGGGAAGAGAUCAGCGGUGAUUCAAAUGACAACAUCGAGUAUGUAAGGAAGCGCCUUCAUCAGCUAUUUGAUAAUGGUAUUAAGGUACUUGUUGUUUUAGAUAACACACAGCUAUCAUCGGAUGAUAGCGAAAAGUUGGGAGGUAUGCUAAGGGAAUGGGACAAUCAUAGUGAGGUAAUCUUGAUAGCAACAGGCGAAAAUAUCUAUAUUCGGAUAUAUGAAACAAACAUAGAUAAUGUAUGUGCCUUUUAG